CACCUUUCAUAGUUGUGGUCAUAGUAUGAGAAUGUAAGCUGACUGGCCUGGUAGCAUAGCAUUGACCUCAGUGCCUGGUCGCGUUAGCAACUGGCGAGAUGUAUUUCAAAUUUCAAAUCGACUAUUUACUGAAAAUGUUUGCUUUCAACAGUUUAUUUUCACGAUUGAUUCAGUCAAGAUUCAUAUAAAAAAGAAUUUAAAUGCAUAGCUCUGAUAACAGAAACGAAGAGCAACCGGAAUAUGAACAUGCAUAUUUUAAAUUUUAUGCUGACAUCCCUGACAAAGUCAACCACAAUAGACAUGCUAGCUCUUCCAGGAAUGUGGAAAACCUAUCACAUGAAACUUGUGUAGAAUCUCCGUCAUUCAUAAAUAGUAUGCUCUUGAGCUCACAAAAAGAUAAAAAUUCUAAUAAAAUGUUUGGCAAAAGUGAGCUACAUAAAGUUUACCAAGAGUUACGAGUUAUAAGCCAAAGGUUAAAGAACGAAACACAUCAACUACAGUUGUGGGAAAAAGAGUUAUGUGAACGAGAAGCUAUUUUAAAGGAUCAUGAAGAUAGUUCAACACAGCAAGACUUGAUUCUUAAUGAAAGAUUUGAAAAAGAACUUCAAGCUCAAUGCAGUAUCAUCAAUGAAGAAUAUCAAGAUCAAAUUAUUCAACUCCAGAAAGUCAUACAAGAGAAAUCUAAAGAGGCAAAUCGCCUUCGCGAUUCAUUUAAUACCAUUAGAUCGACUCACGAAGAGCUACGAAAAGAAUUUGUGAAAGUAAAAGAUCAGAACAGAUUUCUUGAAAGUCAGACAUUGAGUUUACAACAAAGACUUAACAAUCUUGUGCGCAAGAAUGAAUAUGAAGCAAAGAAACAGAAGGAAGCCAAAUCUGACAAAAUGGCAGAUGGAAAGGUUUUAUUGACAGAGAAAAAUAACAAUGAUACCUUUUUAAGAAUGUCAAGUUCUUCCAAGUUGAGUGUCUCAGGAAUUCUUGAUGUGUUGUCAUGUCUCUUCAUAUGGAUUUCUGAUUUUCAACUUGACGCUCGCAAACUAACGUCAGAACUAGAAACGCCAAAUGAAGCAGUCUAUGGUAAAUGUUUUAAGAUUUUACCACCAUUGGCGGAUUUACUAUCAUAUCUUCCUGCUGUCAAUCCGAACUGUGUUCAUCCUCUCUUGAAAUUUAUUUAUUCAGUCAUUUUCUACAUGGAAAACUCACCACAAGGAACACAGAAACCUUUGCUAUUAUCCACUCUGCGAAGAAUUGGAGAGGAAUUAUACAAACCUGAGAUAACAAAGCUGGCAGAUAACCGUACUGAGACGAAAAAACGUAGAAACAAAGCUCAGAUCUAUAUACAUAGUUCUAACCUGGAGGAACGCAUGCUGUCUGCAUUGAUAAUACUGAAAACUCUAACACAAGCUGAUUAUCUAUCUCAUACUUUUGAUAUUUUGAAGUGUGAUCUCCGAGAGGAACAGGGUAAACGACUGUUUCUUGAUGACAAUGGACUUCAGGUUAUUUUACUAUUUAUGAAACCGAAAAACAAGGUUUUGCUGGAGUUUGCUGUUGACGUCAUGUUACAAAUGUCGAUGGAUUCAGUUGUGGUCGAUGAUUUUCUUGAAUGCUGCAGUACUAGUGUAGUUUUUAACGUGCUUUCCAACUUACUUAAUGAAAAGGAACUUGAAUUGAAAAUUCUUGAGAAGCUUAGCAUUAUUUUGCAAAGACUUUCAAAGAUUAAGAAUAACAGACGUUUUUUUGAAGCUUUUCAACUUGUUCCCGUAUUAGACGAACAUCUUCGACAAAAUGAUUCAGAAAAUGCUUUUUUGUCUUUAAAUCUACGAUCUGUGUUGGUGAAUCUAAAUAUUGUUAAGACUUGAGGAUUUUCCUUUCACAAUGCUUCGUCAAAAGAAUCAUGGAAAUCGGAUAUAAAUUUUGUAAAGCCAUUAACAGGCUGUUCCCCGCCCCCCUCUGGGUUCAUAUCUGAGCAUGCCCAAAAAAUUUUUUAUGUAUAUUCGGGUGAUUUGCUAAUCAGAAUUUAAAUCUCGUCUCAGUUCAACUUUUUUUUGUGCAGAAAAAUGUAAACACGACUAAAAUUGUACCAAUUAAGCAAACACUUUUUUCAAUACAAAUCUUUUUUUGAACUUUUCCA